CCCACUCCUUAAAAAAAAACACACACACACAUACACAAUGCCAACCAUCAAGAAAAAACUCAUAGUAAACACCACCGCGGUCGCCGUCGGCUGCGGCAGCGGCUGCCGGAGAAUAAAACUCUCAAAGAUCUUCAACCCAAAACCACCACCAAGCAACAGAUAUAGAAAAAGCAGCCAUUCUUCCCAUUAUUACUACUCCUCCGGCAGCCGUCACCACCACCACUCCUCCGCCGCCACGUCAUGGGAUACAACCCCAUCAACCACCACCACCACAACAACCGGAACAACGUCAGGUUCUCCGGUAGACGAUCAUGACUCAGAAGUGAGAAGCUUAAGAGCCGUUCAAGGGUUUGGCCGGAUCGGCGGCAACAGCCUGGCCGUGGAGAAAGAUUCCGAUGACCCGUACAUAGAUUUCCGGGAGUCAAUGUUGCAAAUGAUAAUGGAGAAAGAGAUAUACGGACAAGAUGAUUUGAGAGAGCUGUUGAAUUGUUUUUUGCAGCUCAACUCUCCGUAUUAUCAUGGAAUCAUAAUCCGGGCCUUCACUGAGAUUUGGAAUAAUGUUUUGUCUUUCAAACACAUGCAUGCUUCUGCUGCUAGCUAGCUGUUGACCAUCAUCACUCCAUCUACACGUGAUAUAUAAUUUAAUUAAUGUUGUGUGUCAUGUUAAUUAAUUUGAUUUGAUUUUGUCAAGUGUAGCACA